AUGUCGGAGGAAACAAUUAUGCCUAUGAAUAAUCAGGUAAUUAAAAUUGAGCCACCAGAAUAUUCGCCAGAAGACAUUAAACUCGAAAUGGAGGAUGAAUUUGAUAAUCCUGACGUUACUGUUAAAUCUGAAUCGUGUUCUGAAGAUGAUGACACGUGUUUAGAAAGAUUUAUGAAUUCCGAGGUGACAAUUGAAGAAGAAGUCAAACAGGAGUUAAUCGAGACAACAACUUAUGAAUUUGACCUUUGCAAUAGAUCAUUUGCAGAAUCGAAUUAUUUAAAAGAGCAUAGCAAAGAAAGAUCUUUCAAAUGCGAAAUCUGUUACAAGGAUUUUGAUCAAUUAAAUGAACUAAAAAACCACAUACUCAUACACAGUGGUGAGCGCCCUCACAAAUGCGGUACGUGCAAUAAGAGAUUCACACAAUUAUCUAAUCUGAAAAGUCACAUGCUCAUUCACAGUGGUGAGCGACCCCAUCGAUGCAGUAUAUGCAAUAAGACAUUCGCAACAAUAAAUUAUCUAAAAAAACACAUGGUAAUUCAUAAGGGAAUACGCCCCUAUGAAUGCAAUGUAUGCAAUAAGACAUUUACACAUUUAUGUAAUCUGAAAAGUCACAUGCUGAUACACGGUGGAGUAAGUCCUUAUGAAUGCAAUAUAUGCAACAAGACAUACACAAGAUCAAGUAAUCUGGAAAGUCACAUGCUGAUACACAGUGGAGUACGUCCUUAUGAAUGCAAUAUAUGCAAUAAGAAAUUUACACAAUUAGGUCAUUUGAAAAGUCACAUGCCAAUGCAUAGUGGAGUACGUCCCCAUGAAUGCAAUAUAUGCAAUAAGAAAUUUACACAAUUAGGUCAUUUGAAAAAUCACAUGCCGAUACACAGUGGAGUACGUCCUCAUGAAUGCAAUAUAUGCGAAAAGACAUUUAUGAGAACAAGUGAUCUAACAAAACACAUGCUGAUACACAGUGGAUUACGUCCCCAUGCAUGUAGUUUAAAAAAUCACAUGCUGAGACACAGUGGAGUACGUCCUCAUGAAUGCAAUCUAUGCAAAAAGACAUUCACAGAAAGAGGUCAUAUGAAAAAACACAUGCUGAUUCAUAAACGAGAGCAUUCCUAUAAAUGUAAUAAGGAAUUUACUCAAUCCAAGGAUUUGAAGAGACACAUGGCACUUCAUAGUCAGAAGCCUGGUGAAAAUCAAUGA